UAAAAUUGGGACCUUUCUUCUUUUCUCAAUGAAGAUGGGAGAUAUGAUAUUCGAAGAACUGGAGGAUUUAAUGCAUUUUUCAGUCCAUGACCUUCCGAAUCGGGGCUAUGCGGUCAUGGAGGAGAUCAGAAGGCAGGGGAAACUCUGCGACGUCACCUUGAAGGUGGGGGACCACAAGUUCAGCGCCCACCGGAUCGUCCUGGCCGCCUCCAUCCCCUACUUCCACGCCAUGUUCACCAACGACAUGAUGGAGUGCAAGCAGGACGAGAUCAUUAUGCAGGGCAUGGACCCCAGCGCGCUGGAGGCCCUGAUAAACUUCGCCUACAACGGCCACGUGGCCAUCGACCAGCAGAACGUGCAGUCCCUCCUCAUCGGCGCCAGCUUCCUGCAGCUGCAGAACGUCAAGGACGCCUGCUGCUCCUUCCUGCGCGAGAGGCUGCACCCCAAAAACUGCCUGGGUGUGCGGCAGUUCGCCGAGACCAUGAUGUGCACGACGCUCUACGACGCGGCCAACAGCUUCGUGCACCAGCACUUCGUGGAGGUGUCCAUGUCGGAGGAGUUCCUGAGCCUGCGGCCGGAGGAGGUGCUGGAGCUGGUCGGCUGCGACGAGCUCAACGUCAAGGCCGAGGAGCAGGUGUUCGAAGCGGUGCUGGCGUGGGUGCGACACCAGCGUGAGGAGCGAGAGCCGCGGCUGCCCGAGCUGCUGUCCAAAACGCGCCUCCCCCUGUGCCGCCCCCAGUUCCUGGCCGACCGCGUGCAGCAGGACGAGCUGGUCCGCUGCUGCCACAAGUGCAGGGACCUGGUGGACGAAGCCAAAGAUUACCACCUGAUGCCAGAGCGCCGGCCUCACCUCCCCGCCUUCAAGACCCGCCAACGCUGCUGUACCUCCAUCGCAGGCCUCAUUUACGCUGUGGGCGGGCUCAACAGCGCAGGUGACUCGCUGAAUGUGGUGGAGGUGUUCGACCCAAUCGGGAACUGCUGGGAGCGCUGUCAGCCAAUGAGCACGGCCCGCAGCCGGGUGGGCGUGGCGGUGGUCAACGGGCUGCUGUACGCCAUUGGAGGGUACGACGGCCAGUCGCGGCUCAGCACGGUGGAGGUGUACAACCCGGAGACGGACACGUGGACGAAGGUGGCCAGCAUGAACAGCCAGCGCAGUGCGAUGGGCACAGUGGUGGUGGAUGGACACAUCUAUGUGUGUGGAGGCUACGAUGGCAAAUCCUCUCUCAAUUCGGUGGAGUGCUAUUCCCCAGAGGCAGACAGGUGGACAUUAGUGACAGAGAUGAGUGCCAGUCGCAGUGCGGCCGGAGUGACGGUGUUCGAUGGAAGGAUCUUCGUUUCGGGCGGCCAUGACGGUCUACAGAUCUUCAACACGGUGGAGUACUACAACCAGCACACAGCCUCAUGGCACCCAGUGGCAGGGAUGAUGAACAAGCGCUGUCGGCACGGCGCUGCAGCUCUUGGCAGCCAGCUCUAUGUUGUCGGGGGCUACGACGGCUCAGGAUUCCUUAGCGGGGCGGAAGUGUACAGCUCUGUGGGGGACCAGUGGAGCCACCUAGUGGCCAUGAACACGCGGCGCAGCAGGGUGUCGCUGGUGGCCAACUGCGGCCGGCUUUACGCAGUGGGCGGUUAUGACGGCCAGUCCAACCUGAACUCGGUGGAGAUGUACGACCCCGAAACCAACCGCUGGACCUUCAUGGCGCCCAUGGUUUGUCACGAGGGCGGGGUUGGGGUGGGGUGUAUCCCCCUUCAGCCUGCCUAAAGCUACCCAGCGCCCCUUUUUUGCGUCUUUGAGGAAAGACUUUUUUCCUUUUUUAUUUUGCAUUUUGUUGUAAAGGGCGAUCAAACUUCCAAAAAAGAGAUAGCGACGAUGAUUAUGAUUUAAUCGUUGGAUGCAUUUGUCCUUCCCAGAGAGGAAGUGACCUAAUGGUUCUGUUUCUGAGGCUUUAAUUUUCCAAGGAGCCUUGAGAACUGAAAGGAAUUCACCGAUUGUACCCCGAGAAGGGAAAUGGGACACUUGUACGCACACAUGCGCACACAUACAUGCACCCACAUACACACACACACACAC